AUGUUCCGAAAAGUGGUCCUCGCAACCCCAGAGGAAAUCGCAGCUUCAUUGGAAGAUAAUCAGCACGCCUCGCCGAUCAAUGGCACUGAGUCGACGAAAUCGAAAUCGAAAGUAGCUGGGACCUUUUCAGACCCAGUCUCGCGCAUUCUAAGGAACAGAGUACAAGGAUACCUUUUUCCUUAUGUCGACCCCGAUAGCUCAAAAGAUCCGGAGAUGGAUAAUAUAUUCUCCAAGUAUCAGGAUGAGCUUCGGUAUAUUUGCGCUACACAUACUCUUAGCAAUACUCCCGGCGUGACACUAUUGGAGGCCGAGGUAGUGACGGGUACCAUUCUAGCCAAAUGUUCACAAAACAGGUGGAGAAAGGAUAGAAUGUUCCGGAUGAAGACGCAUGCCAGCACGCUGGUUAAAGAGGUUGCGAGGAUUUUGUCGACUUGUCCUGAUAGGGAUCUGGAUGACCGUGGACAGGCUCUCUAUACUCUAGAACGGGCCUGGUGGGCGUGGGAUUUCAGUCUGAAGAGGGCGGUAUUGAGCGGGGCGCGUGAGGGCUUCGGCGGGCAUAGUUUUGGAUUGAUUGCAGUGGAUUGCAUUCUAAAAGCUUUGGAAGAAUUGGGACGUAUGGAAAACCAAACUGAUGCCAAAUAG